AUGGCUCUAAGAAGAUCGGCGAGAGCGGCGACACGCACUGCACAACAGACCGCGAGUAGUGCGAUGAAGAGAAGACACUCUGGUUCGUCGACUGGUGAAGAGACGCUCAGCAAGCGCGUCGACAGCCGAGCAGCAAAUCGUUCCGCAAAGAGAGACGGCAUUGUGCAAAGCAGUGACGACAACAGCAAGCAGACCAUCACUCAGUCGAACGAUGUCACGGUCGACAAUCCCAAGAUAGACGACAACGCCGGCGCAGAGAAGAAAUGGAAAGCAUGGUCCGCCCACGCGACAUCCACGCCAUACCCUGACUUCGGCCACCCCACAAACCGCGAGUGCCAGCUAGCCUACGACAUCCUUCACAAACUACACAACACCGCCGUAGAAGCCGAAUUCGAAGACACCAACACACCGGAGACAAUCCCAUUUGUCCUCGACGCCCUCAUCGUCGCGGUCCUCAGCCAAGCCACGAGCUGGAACAAUGCGAAACGCGCAAUGGACAGCAUGAAAGAUACCUACGGCUCGGUGUUCGCUUAUGAAGAGAUAUAUAAUGGAGGGUCGGAAAAGCUACAAGAGACGAUCCGCUGCGGUGGCUUGCACAUUAGAAAGACCAAGAUCAUCAUGUCCAUCCUCGAGGAAGUGAAGCGUCGCUACGGACGCUGGAACCUGGACCACCUCCUUGAAGCGAGUGACGAAGAUGCCAUGAAAGAGCUCAUGAGCUACAAUAAUGGGCUGGUGCUUGAAGAGGAAUAG